AUGACGUCUGACCGGAUCUUACGACAGGAAUCAGCCGUUCCGCAGGAGUUCAAGCACUCUGACGCGUACAGGUUACCGCCCGGCGCGAGAUCGUACGGAAACCAGUUCAACAAGAUCUACGGACAACGCGUCAAGAAACUCAAGUCGCGGUGUCUCAAGAUGGCCAACGCCAAAUGGAAGCAGGAAACCAUCAACGACACGCGCGUCGUUUACGUGAACAAGAUUCUGGACGUCAAGUCGAUGACUCCGUCCUACACGAUCGGCACUGUGUUCAUGGAUAUGAAGUAUAAACCAAAUAUCCUGGAAGACGUGAGCAAUAACGUGUAUGGAGCCGAGGACGUUAAGAGCUCCGCGGAUUUGAGCAAGCUCGACCAGAUCAGAGCACAGGCGUACUCAGACCCGCAGAAUGACCAGGUAAUGCUGGAAGACGAGUCAGGUCGGAUGAUUCUGGCUGGAGAGAUCCUGGACAAUAUUCUACUGGUUACCGGUGUUGUGGUUGGAGUUUUGGGCAUGGAAGUUGAUCCCGGCAUCUUCACGGUUGUUGAUGUUGUGUAUCCUGAGGCCGGUGCCCAAAUCCCGCGUUCUGUACAAAAUACAGGCAACAAACUCUUAUUUAUCUCUGGACUCCAUAUUAACCCAGAAAGCAACUUGGCCCUCGUCGAGAUACUGAAGGAGUAUCUGAUGGGCGAGCUGGACACUGCACCCGAAACCAUUGAGUUUCUCAAAUCAAUCACAGAGGUCGUGUUGGCCGGAGACUCCAUCAAGUGCUCCGACAAGUCGGAUCAGGUGGUGUUGGAGAAAGACAAGUACAGGGAGCUCAACAAGUCGAAUUACGAUGCCGACGCGCUCAAACAACUGGACAGGUUUGUUUCGGAACUGCUCAAUUCGGUCCCUGUGACCAUAAUGCCUGGCGACUCCGACCCCAGCGAAAGCAGCUUGCCCAAACAGCCGUUGCACCCGUCGUUCUUCAGCUCCGCGGGCCAGUUUACCAACUUCAAACGCGCAACCAACCCUACGUGGUUUGAGAUCGACGGAUUGCGCCUACUGGGAACGUCCGGAGAAAACAUUAACGAUAUAUUCAAGUAUUUUAUUCCAAAUCUGGAGGUGGACCUGUCAGAGAGCAGUGCCGGAACAGACUCGCCAGUCAAAUCAGAGAUUAUCAACGAGUCCCGCAUCAAGCUGCUCGAGGCCACUCUUCACUGGCAAAACAUUGUGCCGACCGCGCCAGACACGUUGACGUGCUACCCAUACGAAACAGAAGAUCCGUUCUCUCUCGACGAGACCCCCCACGUCUACUUUGUGGGGAACCAGCCAAAGUUCGAGACGUCCGAGCUGACUCUGUUCAGCGCCAAGAACUCCCCGGCCACCGUGCGGAUCGUGUGCGUUCCUGACUUCAGCGAAACCGGCCAGGUCGCAGUGCUCGACAUGGACUCGCUCGAGUGCACAGCCUUGCAAAUAGCAGCCACCUAG